CGCAUGCGCUGAGCUGGCGGGUCAGAGCGUUGUCGGCUGAGAAAUGGCGGCCGCGGGCUUGGUCGCUGUGGCCACGGCUGCAGACUACUCUGGCCCGGUAGCGUCCGGAGGUAACCUUUCCGGUGUUAACUGCGGCUCAAGCUCCGGGACAGGCCCUGGUACUGGCCCGGUCUCGUGGAGCCGCUCCCUUGAUCGAGCGCUGGAGGAGGCAGCGGUAACCGGGGUGCUGAGCCUGAGCGGCCGGAAACUGAGGGAGUUUCCCCGGGCAGCGGCCAACCACGACCUGACGGACACCACCCGGGCGGAUCUGUCACGAAAUCGCCUCUCAGAAAUUCCCAUAGAAGUAUGUCACUUCGUUUCUCUUGAGAAUUUCAACUUAUACCAAAAUUGUAUUCGAUAUAUACCAGAGGCAAUUCUAAACCUACAAGCUCUUACAUUCUUAAAUAUUAGUCGGAACCAGCUGUCAACAUUGCCAGUACAUUUGUGUAAUUUACCAUUGAAAGUCUUAAUUGCCGGUAAUAACAAAUUAGUCUCACUUCCAGAAGAAAUUGGACAUCUCAGACAUUUAACAGAACUUGAUGUUAGCUGCAAUGAAAUUCAAACAAUACCUUCCCAAAUCGGUAAUUUGGAGGCCUUGAGAGACCUGAAUGUAAGAAGAAAUCACUUAGUACGAUUGCCUGAAGAGCUGGCAGAGUUGCCUUUGAUACGGUUAGACUUCUCCUGCAAUAAAAUUACAACAAUCCCUGUUUGUUAUCGGAACCUCAGGCACCUACAGGUGAUCACCCUAGACAACAACCCGUUACAGUCUCCUCCUGCACAGAUAUGUAUAAAAGGCAAAGUCCACAUAUUUAAAUACCUGAAUAUACAGGCUUGUAAGAUUGCUCCAGAUCUGCCAGAUUAUGAUAGAAGACCCUUGGGUUUUGGCUCCUGCCACGAAGAACUGUACUCAGGUCGCCCUUAUGGAGCCCUUGAUUCAGGUUUCAAUAGUGUGGACAGUGGUGAUAAGAGAUGGUCAGGGAAUGAACCUACAGAUGAAUUUUCAGAUCUGCCUCUUCGAGUAGCAGAAAUUACUAAAGAACAAAGACUACGGAGAGAAAACCAGUUUCAAGAGAAUCGCAGUAAUUUAGUAGUAACAAAUGGUGGAGUGGAACACGAUCUGGAUCAGAUUGACUACAUUGAUAGCUGUACUGCAGAGGAAGAAGAGGACGAGAUCAGACAGCCCAAGGGCCUGGAUUCAAACAGCCUCAGUUCACAGUUUAUGGCAUAUAUUGAACAACGGCGGAUCACUCAUGAGGGUUCACCAAUUAAGCCAGUACCCAUGAGGGAGUUUCAAAAAGCAGAAGAUGUGAGAAGAUACUCACAUCAAAACAGGGUUCCAGUCGAGCCAUCUUCUCUCUUGUCACUAUCACCAAGUCAUAAUCAGCUAUCACAUACAGACUUGGAACUUCAUCGGAGAAGAGAACAAUUAGAGCGCACUCGGAGAGAGGCACAGCUUGCUGCCCUGCAGUAUGAGGAGGAGAAAGUUAGGACUAAGCAGAUUCAGAGAGAUGCUGUCCUGGACUUUGUCAAGCAAAAAGCACCACACAGUACACAAAAACAACCCCCCUUAGAUGGCGAGUGUCCCUUCCCAUCCAGAAGGUCUCAGCAUACUGAUGAUAGUGCCUUGUUAGUGUCGCUGUCAGGGUUGAAUCAAGUGGGCUUUGCUGCUACCGUGCCUCAUUCUUCUGCCUUCGUGCCUCUUAAGAAUGAUGACAGAUCUAAUGCUGUAUCAAGUUCACCAACAACAGAAACAGUUCAUCAUUCCCCUGCAUAUUGUUUUCCUGCUGCUGUCCAGAGAAACCAGCCUCAGCGCCCUGAAAGUUUCCUUUUCCGAGCAGCUGUCAGGGCAGAAACAAAUAAAGGUCACAUUUCACCCCUUCUUUCGUCUUCUGCGCCUACUUCUGAGUCUGCAGAUCUCAUAGCAAGACCGAAUUCAAGGCAGAGAGAAGAAGAGCUGGAAUUAAUAGAUCAACUACGGAAACAUAUUGAAUACCGGUUGAAAGUAUCUCUGCCUUGUGAUCUUGGAGCAGCUCUAACAGAUGGUGUUGUUCUUUGCCAUUUGGCCAAUCAUGUGCGGCCUCGAUCUGUCCCAAGCAUUCACGUUCCCUCACCAGCUGUACCUAAAUUAACAAUGGCAAAGUGCAGGCGAAAUGUGGAGAAUUUCUUAGAAGCUUGCAGAAAAAUUGGUGUACCUCAGAAAGAGGAAGUAGACAUUCCACAUAGGCCACCUCUUCCUCUCUUCUGCCUUCCACCCUCGUCUCUGCCACCACCAGCACCACCACCACCACCACUUUUAGAUGGGUUCCUGUUAUGCUGCUAUUUCUGCUAAACAUUAGUCAUUUGCUUAGAACAAAGUGAAGGAAAAUGAAUAAAUACACUUGUAGAUUCAAACCAGCAUUCUCAGGUCCCUGUGCUAUAGAAGGAAAGAAGAAACCUGUGCUUCCUCUUCUUCCUUUGCUCUCCCCUGUGUGUGGGCAUUCUGACUUACCUAAAUGUCCCCAUUUUCUCUGUUUGAGUUGUAAUCAGGGAUGUAAUAAUGAUUGCUUUUGAAAUUGUAUAAUAUAAAAUUUCAUAUUAUAAAUGUUAAUAUCAAAUUCUAUGUCAAGAGUAUGUGUAAAGGCAAACAAUUUCCUUCUCAGUGUAACUUUUAAAGUGUUUACAGGUUAAAUUAUGAAUGAAACAUUGAAUAAUGUGAUUAUUAAAAACUUCUGAUAAGAUUGGGCAUAUGGGUAUUCUCUUUAUUGUUAUGCUUUUAUUAAAUAUGUUCCAUUCAAAAAACUAUAAUGGGUGAUAAAAAUUUCUAUUUGACUCCAAUAUCUUACAUCCUUGAAUUAUAUUUUAUGUGUUAAAGAAUAUUUUCCUUUAAUCGAAUCCAGUAAUGUUUUUAAAUUUAUUUAAUUUCUUAAUCCAUACAUGGGAAGGUUUGGAUGAUCUCAGAGGCCCCUUAUGUCUGUAGAUUCAUUUUGUACGUAUUAGUAAACUGGACUUGCUUAAGAUGGGUUUGACUUGAUUUUUAGAGGACCACCGAAUCUUUUAGUAUACCUGGUUUCCAGGUAGUAAAUUGCCCUGAUUAUUAGGUGUUCCUUCUCAUUUGAACCUUCUUGAUUUACUUGGCUUUCUCAAAAACCUCUCUCCUCAGCCUGCUCCCAGGUUUUGUCCUUGCUUUCUGACCUUUUCUUUUUUUGUUAAUAAGGAGAAUGAGAAUCAAGAAAGAGGUCGCUUCCCACAGGCCUUACAAGUCUGAGGCCUCACACAGCCCUAAGCCAGCAUUCAGUUCCGUUCAUUGUGUCCUGAAUGUUCACACUACUCACCAGCCAGCCAAUUUAUUCCGCUAUUUCUUGGUAAAAUCAAACUCGGCACAAAGAGGAUUCUUCAUAGUUUUGUUUUCCAGCAUUUUGUUUUUGUUCAUCAUAGUAAAAAUGUUAUGAGAUGUGUUUCUUUGAAUAUGAUUGAGAUGAUCAUUUGAAUUCUAUACUCAAAUCUGUAUUUCUGAUCCACUGACUUUGUUUUUCUGUUUUCCUUUCCUGCUCACACUCUGGACAGGACAAUCUUUGUUCCCCUUCUGACAUCCUUCAGCUAAACCUCAGCGUUAAAAGAACUGUUGAAACACUACUUUCUCUUGGGGCACAUUCAGAAGAAUCCAGUUUUGUCUCUCUAUCUGUCCAGCUUUUGGGUUUUGUGGCAUUUUACUGUACUUUAAUGUUAACUCUCUGUAUGCUUUAUUACUGGGUCUUCCCUGUCUAGCAGAAAGAUUGCAUUCCAGUGAUUUUCCACCUCAUUCCUCUGCUUGGUAAAGGAGGUUUGUUUCUCGUUCAGAAAUAUUUACAUAUGUGCUUUCUUUCUGGCCAUCAAAGAGCUAACCAAUAAAGUAGAUAAAUCCUUUCCUCAUAUGUCCAGAUGAGCAGUCCAUCACAUUAGUAAGCAUUUAUGAUUACUAAUAAAGAGUAAAUGACCAGCAUUUUUUCCCCCUGGUCAUUUAUCCAUUCACCUGGACUGUGGCCAUGUUUCUCUUAUGAGUACUCAACCAUUUCUACCAAUACAGCCCUGAGACUGUUCCUAGAAUAUGACUAAGAACUUUAUUUCCAAAUGGCAUAAUAAAAUUCCCAUUUGGCCAUUUUCCCAUGCCUGAAUACAACUUAAGUGUAAUUGUGAGUUGCUGAACCUUUUCAACAGCUGCUCUUAAGGAACAUAGUUGUACCCUUUCUGGUUUGUGGGGUACUUGGUCACUAAGAUCUCUGCAUUGACUUGUGCCCUUAAAUCUCCCUUUAGUAGUAGGCACAGGUCCACAUCAGCAUUUGCUCUCUGGGCAUCUAGAAGACACUAGUCAUUUAACCUUAAUUUGAUCAGAAUGUUCAGUCCAAAGAUCAUGUAGUUUCCCUAGAUUGCUAUUCUGAGCCCAGUGUGUACAUUUAAAAUAGUACACCAAAGCAAAUGAUUUGAAGCUGACCUUUCAGAGGUAGGCACAUGUCCCCUAUUUACUGUGUUAUCUUUAACUGAGCUUCACUCCUAGAAUCCUGUUGAGAAUUUAAAAUAUGGAAUAUAUGUAACUCCCAGUAUAUUUGAACCACCUUAGUAAGUGAACUUGUAUUUUAUAGGCUGUUGAGGAAAUUAUAUCUGAACAGUAGCAGGUAAAGUAUUAGGCAGCAAUCUCAGUUGUGCACCCAAGGCAAUGAAUUUGUCUCUUUCAGGAUACUUAGUAUGUUAGCUGCUAGCCUUAAUGCUUGAAACUACUUUAUACUUGCUUUCAGAUUCUAGUUCUCAAAUAGUGUUUCUGAACAUUCAGGCAUCUCCUGAACUCUGUUAACAAAAUUGGACAACUGAACUCAAGUAUAAAGGGAGAUCACAAGGAACACAACAUUCUCUUGUAGAAGUCAGCUUGAAGGUCUGAUGCUUUGAUUUUCUCCCAUAUUAAAUGGGACAUUUAUUUACCACAUUAAAUACUGUGUACUGUUAAUGCUGAAACAUUGAACACUGUGUUGAAAACCUUCAGUUUUAUAUAGUAGUGGUGCCUUUAAGAGUUGGGGGGUUGUCGUUUUUAAGAUUUUUCUGUCAGAGAUCAUUCAAUUUUGUGGAGUUUUGUCCUUUUAAAAAACAUCUGCUAGAAAAUACAUUGUCUUGUGUGUGGUUUUGAGAGGGAGUAAUUGUGUACCUUUUCAGAGCACAGUGUUCCCUCUAAGCCAGCUGAAAGGUAAAUGUGCAUCUGGAAAGCAUAGCUUCUGAGGGCAUGUCUAAACCACAGGCCACAGAGGCCACAGGGCACUACUGAGAAAAGAUCAGGGAAUUUUCCUUAAGAGCAGCUGUUGAAAAGGUAGAUAGUUUUAUAAGAACAAAAGAUUGCAGUUACCUCAUUUUAUCAGGUAAGUAUUAAAUAAAAAAAGUAAGGACAAGUACCAAUAACUCUUCAAAAUAAAUACUUGUAUAUAUUUUUUUAUUGCUCUUGUUUUUGUAAAACUUCCUAGUAAUGUAGUACAUGCCAAUGAAAAGCUGAGAAAAAGAUAGUCUCUUUUGAAAUAGAACCAGAAUUCCACUUUUUGUCCUUUGUAAGAGCAGUCUCUUUUCUUUCCAAAUACUUAGUCUUAAAAGAAAAACCAGUGAUAGGUUUCAUUCUUAAGAUAUGCCUUUUUCUUAUAAGAAAAGAUUAACCAAACAACUUAAUGAGGCAAACAAGAUAGAAGUAUUUAACUUCCUUAAGCAAACAUGUAAAUAGUUUUCAAAUAUAUGGUAAUUAAGAUGUUCUUGACUAAGCUCACAUCAAUUUUCCAGCAUAAUUUAAUCCAUUAAAUACCAGGAUAUGAAACACUUUAGUUUUUUCACAUAUAGCUUUUUUUUUUCCCUCUAAUUCAGAUGUUUAGUUCAAAUUGGGCCUUCUAUAAAUAACCCAAAGUAGGGGGAAGUUUCUCAAAUAUGUCUAAAUCUCAGGGAUAUACUUCAGUUUCUUCCUAUUAUCCCUGUCAGCCCUUAUUUUCAGAGUCAGAAUUGUAAUGCAGAGUGAGUGAUGGCAUGAAACAGUCUUGCAUUCCUACAGUAUGUAAUUUCCAAAGUGCUUUCUCCUGCAAUAUUAAAUCUUUCAGACUUGAGCUGUCUGGUAUAACUUGUAAUUGUUUUUCUAUUUAAACCUGCCUCAGUUUACUGCUCUGCAUUGCUCUUUUAUUUAUCAAAGAUGUUGCUUACACUCCAUAGUAUUCUGUUUAUCCUCUGUUGUGUGUAUAAGUGUAUGUAACUUGUCCAUUUUCCACUUUUCAAAAUGAUCUGUAUGUACUUUUAGUUGUAUUAAUAAAGUAGCAGUGAGUGUCAA